CACUCAAUGACAGCUAGCUGUCAGAAAGUGAGUUCAUUCCCCGGAGCCGAGCAGCCCGAGUGCAGUCGAUCCGUUUCUGCCCUUCCGUUGGUAUCUAGCACCUCGGACUUAGCGAGACGACGGACGGAGGUUUCACCGAGCCCGGCCAUGGACGAGCAGGCGGGGCCCGGCGUCUUCUUUAACAACAACAACAACUCCGUGUUACCGGGCGGCGGGAAAGGAGCGCUGCCGGACGGCGACGCUGGGGAGGCGGCCAGGGCGCAGUACAGUAUUCCGGGGAUCCUGCACUUCCUGCAGCACGAAUGGGCCCGUUUCGAAGUGGAGCGAGCACAAUGGGAGGUGGAGCGGGCCGAACUUCAGGCCCAGAUCGCCUUCCUGCAGGGGGAGAGGAAAGGCCAGGAGAACCUGAAGAAGGACCUCGUGAGGAGGAUCAAAAUGUUGGAGUACGCGCUGAAGCAAGAGAGAGCGAAGUACCACAAGUUAAAAUAUGGGACCGAGUUGAACCAAGGGGACGUGAAGCCUCCGAGCUACGACUCUGAUGAGGCCAAUGAGAACGAGUCGUCUGCAUCUCUCAACAAUCAGCUGUCCUGGAAACAAGGCCGCCAGCUGCUCAGACAGUACCUGCAGGAGGUCGGCUACACAGACACCAUCUUAGACGUGAAGUCACAGCGGGUCAGAGCGCUGCUCGGAUUAGCUGGAGACGGAGGCGGGAGGACGGGUGAACGGACCGGUACUGAACCUUUGGUCAAUGGGACGGACACAACAGCAAAGGGCAGCAGAGGGAAAGCCGAGCUCUCGGACAGCAGCGCCCUACUCGAGGCCUUCAAGUUCAUCGAGAACGCAGCCGCCGAGUUCAGCGACGAGGACGAGGAGGACGAUAGCGAGGGGAAGGACAGGAUGCACGUAGAAUCUCGGACGAUCCUGAGGAAGAAGCCGACCGCUUCAACGACGUCGCCCGCCAGCAUGGACACGAGCGAGGACCCCGACACAGAGGAGGCGCUGAAGGGCUUCGACUUCCUGUCCAGCCCGGACGAGAUGGACACCUCGCCGGAGUCUAGGGGCAACGGGGACGGGACGGACUGGGACAAGGACGAGCAAGGUCCCAUUUCUGAGGCCUGGGACGUGGACCCGGGCCUGAUUACCAAACUGAAGGAGCAGUACAAAAAGGAGCGCAAAGGGAAAAAGGGGGUGAAGAGGCCAAACCGGUCCAAGCUGCAGGACAUGCUGGCUAACCUGAGAGACGGCGAGGAUCUGUCCCACAUGCAGCCUCCGUCAACGCCACAAUCCAGGCCGAACGCCGCCCGCUUCAACGAGCACGAACCCAACAGAACGGACGAAGUCGAGGCGCUGACCUUCCCGCCCACCUCGGGGAAGUCGUUCAUCAUGGGCGCAGACGAGGCCAUGGAGAGCGAGCUGGGGCUGGGCGAGCUCGCCGGGCUCACCGUGGCCAACGAGGCCGACAGCCUGGCGUACGACAUCGGGAACAACAAGGACGCCAUGAGAAAAACAUGGAACCCCAAGUUCACCCUGCGGAGCCACUUUGACGGGAUCCGAGCUCUGACCUUUCACCCCGUGGAGCCCGUACUCGUCACCGCCUCGGAGGACCACACGCUGAAGAUGUGGAACCUGCAGAAGACCGCUCCCGCCAAAAAGAGUACAUCUUUAGACGUAGAACCGAUCUACACCUUCAGGGCUCACAGGGGGGCGGUACUGAGCGUGGUGAUGAGCACCUCAGGGGAGCAGUGUUUCAGCGGAGGUGUCGACGGGACCAUUCAGUGCUGGAACACCCCCAACCCCAACAUCGACCCGUACGACUCCUACGACGCGUCGAUGCUGCGCGGAGAGUUGUGCGGACACACCGACUCAGUCUGGGGUUUGGUGUACAGCAGCGCUCACCAGCGCCUCCUCUCCUGCUCUGCGGACGGGACCGUGAGACUGUGGGACGCCAACACCACCUCCCCCGCCCUCGCCGUGUUCAACGAGGACAAAAACCUGGGAGUCCCCUCCUCAGUGGACCUGGUGUGCAGUGACCCCGCCCACCUGGUGACCUCCUUCACAAACGGACAGAUUGGACUCUUCAACAUGGAGACCCGUCAGCUCGUCCUCAGCCUGGAGUCCAAUCUGGAGCCGGGCUCUCCGUGUCAGAUCAACAAGGUCCUCAGCCACCCGACUCUCCCGAUCACCAUCACGGCUCAGGAGGACCGACACAUCAAGUUCUUCGACAACAACAGCGGGAAGAUGAUCCACUCCAUGGUCGCCCACCUGGACGCCGUCACCAGUUUAGCCGUGGAUCCAAACGGACUCUAUCUCAUGUCGGGCAGUCACGACUGCUCCAUCCGUCUGUGGAACCUGGAGAGUAAAACCUGCAUCCAGGAGUUCACGGCUCACAGGAAGAAGUCCGAGGAGUCGAUCCACGACGUGGCGUUUCACCCGUCCAAGUGCUACAUCGCCAGCGCCGGGGCGGACGCUCUCGCCAAAGUGUUUGUAUGACGUGGAGCUCUCCAUGCAGCUCCGCCCGCUGACUCCGCCUCCAGUGAUCAGGGACCAAUAGAGACACAAGAGGGGAGGGACCCUCAGGCGCUGGUCCAGCCCCGCCCCCCCUCACAGCCCUCUGGUUUCAUGUCGGACUGUCAGACCGUGUAGCCUCAAACGGGGGCUAGACUGGGGAGGAGGAGGAGAACUGCUCGAGUCCCUCAUCGAUCAUCCAGGCAGGCCUGGGUGUGACCCCCCUACACACACACACACACACACAGAGUACCCCCGUCAUGACCCCCAGACUCAAACCUCACCUCCUCUGCAGCGAGGAGGCUCAGGACAAGUGUUAAAGAGAGCGGAGACUCUUCUGGCCCCCGUGACUUCACGCUCAUCCUGGAUCCUCUUAGACUGAGACCGGGUCUCCCACUCCCAGUCCUCCCAGUCCUCCCAGUCCUCCCAGUCCUCCCAGUCCUCCCACUCCCAGUCCUCCCAGUCCUCCCACUCCGAGUCAGGUUUCAUGUCGUGUUGUUCCAGAGAUGUCGGGUAGUGAAGGCUCUCUGGAGCUGUCGUGGAAGCCCCUCCCUCACCCCCCCUCCCACCCUUGUCGUGGAAGCCCCUCCCCCCUCGCCUCCUUCUUCUUAUUAUUAUUUUUCUUCUUCUCUGCUUCCCGUUCAGACUCCACUCGCUGGCCUGCCUUUGUUUUCCUUUUUGAAACGUUUCGUCAAAAUGUGCCUUUGCUUUAAAAAGGUCUCGGAAAUUUUUUUAUUUUAACAAGCUUUGUUUUUUUUUUGUUGGGGGGGGGGGGCGAGGGGAUGGCGAGGGAGAAACGGAGCCAAUGAUCACAAUGUUGUUAAUUUUUAAACAUGGGAUGUAAAAUUACAAAUGCUUAUAAUAAACAAAAUCUAUAUUCAGUCUUAAGAUUUACUGUGCAGCGUGAGUUGGAGUGCUCCUCUUCGAUAGGUGUGGCUGGGGAAGCGAUUUCUGUGCAUUUCACGGCGGCGAAGCCGUGAGACGGAGACGGACCGCUGAAUAUUUAAUGUCUGUUCAUUAGAGGUAAUUGUACGAUUCAAAGUAAACCAUCUUGGUUAUUUAACUACAAUCACAUUUGGUUCUCGAUGUGUUAGGAACAGAUUUUGGCCGCUUUGCUCCCGUUUGACUUAAACGACUUGUACUGUACGUAGAUCCCCCGACCGACCGUGUGGACACGCUCGACUACGACGUGCCGCUAUUUACAGUAGUCCAAGUGGUUAGCCGGACGUUAGUGCAGGACUGUUUGAAACCAUGUUGGGUCCACCGUCCGACGCUGACGGAGGAGCGAUGUCCGAAAGAUUCCGGCGCUUUGCUGUAAACUGUGAGGAGGAAAAAAACAAUCCUGGGAUUUAAAAAAAAAAAAGAAUCAAUCGAGAUGUUGUACGAGACGAGUGCAGCUUCAAUGAGCCAUUUUCUCAGUCACUGGUUUGUAUAUGAAAGUAUGUUCAAAUAAAAACCUGCUGUAAAACCACAA